CACCGCAGCUCGCGGGGAGAGAUGAAGACGUCGUCUUCGGGUGCGAUCGCGGCUAAAACGACCGCGAUCUAGUGCUCUUGAUGUGUGAAAAUCGAAUGUCUCGUUACUCAGGUCACGAAUAAUGGCACCUCCGCCAGUCGUUACCGGGAUAUCCCCGAAGGAAGGACCACCCGGUACGCGUAUAACCAUCCGAGGCGAGUUUCUCGGCACCAAAGCCCAGGAACUUAUAGGUCUUACAAUAUGCGGAUGCGAUUGCUUAUUGUCGGCGGAAUGGAAAUCCCCGAACAAAAUAAUUGCAAGAUCUGGGCCAUGCAAGGGAAGAGGUGAUAUAAUAGUGACAACUCGUUCUGGAGGUCAAGGAACUUCAACAGUGCAGUUUAGAGGGUACCAUGAAACAAUUGGUCCAAUGAAAGAAUCCGCAGUAUGGGUAGAAGAGGCACCAGUUCAAAGUUUUGUAUGGGGUAGACGUGCAUUGUCACCCACCAAUUACCAACAAGAAGAUCCUUUAGGCCUCAGUGUUGAAGGAAAUGAAAAAAAAUUUCCCGAGGAUGAGUUAGUUGAGCUAUUUGGUGAUGCCAGUGGUGAAUUAACAAGUGAAAAGUUUCAUCCUGGCAUGUUCCUGUUGCAACACCAUCAUGCAACUUCAUUAGAUGACCUUAAAGCAGGUUUAGCCUACUUAAGACGUAAAGUAAACUCACAAAAGGAGGGUCAGCUUUCUUUCCUAAAGGCUAAUGUUGGAUCUGUAAUGGAACAACUUGAAACUAUUACAUUUCUUAAAGAGCAAUUUGAGGCAGAUGUGAAAAAAUAUGGUGAAAAUCCUAUGGAAAAACUUGAGACUGCCAUAAGAGAUUCCAUGACAGAAGCCAAUAAACUUUUCGACGACGUUUUAGCUAGGAGAGAUAGAGCAGAUGCAACGAGGAAUGCAUUAUCGGUGAUGCAGAGAUACAAGUUCUUAUUUUGUAUGCCUGUUAAUAUUGAGAAAAACAUUAAGAAUGGCAACUAUGAUCUAGUAAUUAACGAUUAUGCACGUGUAAAAAAUUUAUUUAAAAAUACUGAAGUUGAAGUGUUCAAAAAAGUUUUGAGGGAAAUCGAGUAUAGAAUAGAGACUCUUAGAGAAGUAUUAAAAAAAAAAUUAGAAGAAGUGCCAUUCGCAUUGGAAGAGCAAAAAAAGAUUAUCAGACAUCUUAUUAAUCUUGAAACUGAAGGAGAUCCAGCUUGGGAUGCAAUAGUUUCACAUGCAAAUUAUUUAGAAAAAAGUAUAAAAUCUUGCUUAAAUGAAUACUUGGAUCCUGAAAACAGAGAUGAUGAUUACAGAGGAGGCUUAGUUAUUAAAUCUAAUGCAUCCACUCCGAUGUCAAUUAAACAAUUUAAAUUAACAAAAACUGAAGAAAACAAUGCACCUACUAGAGUUCAGUGUAUUGAAGCAUUGUGUGACAUCAUUAUGGAACAAUUACCAGACCUGUGGAGAUUAGGUCAAAGUUACUUUACAGGGCAAUUGCAUGUUAGUGUUGAUACAGAAAAACAAGGACCAUUUAAAAACUUGGUGCUAUCAAGUAUUCAACAUGCUGUUGAUGCCAUGAAAACUGCUUGUGACACUAGUAUAGAAGCUCCAUGGCUUUUACAUAAUCUCAGGUGUAUUAGACAUAUGUAUGCAUCACUAAUUCAUUUAGACUUACCGAGUGAUGCUUUAGACCUAUUUGGAACGUUUAUUUUUGACUUGAGAUUACAAUGUUUGGUGUCACUGUUUAAACAGACUGCUGAUAAUAUUCUUUUGCUGAAUCGCAAAGAAACAUGGGAAAUAGAAUAUUUAGAUGCAGAUGGUGGAAUUACCAAGUUGCCAUCACUCUUCGAAGAAAUGGUAAUGGAAGUGGCCAAGUUGGCAAAAAAUACAGCCGUGGCUUAUGGACCAAGAGAGUCACCUUUGUUAGCAGAUCCAGAACAUCAAGAAGAAUACCACAACUUAAUCAAGUCGCUGUUUUCAUCUUUUGCUCACUGUCUUCACCAGCUGGCCACCAGUGGUAGUGAAGACACAUUUGACGAGGAGAUAAGGGCUACCUCGCGAUUAACAGGCUCUCCUGCUUAUAGAAUAAGGGACAGCAAAAUGCAUGGACCGACUUGGGAAGAGUGCCUCCUGAUAUCUUUGAGCAAUAUCAGGUAUACGCUAAAGGUGGUGCUACCGCGAAUAGAAGAAAAUCUCAAAUCACAGGGAUAUCCAGAUUUAUCUACUGCCAUUGGUUAUAACUCUGACUGGACGGAGUUGGAAGCUCUAGAUGCUGAAGUAUUAAAAACUUAUUUAGAAAGACGUUGCGAUCCUCUCAUCGGGACAAUAGAGCCUAGCAUGUAUUUAGGCGGUCGAGAUUGGACGUCAGAAUUCAAACCAAAGCACGUAAAGCCAUAUGUUCAAGAAAUCUUAGCCAACGUGAUAGCUGUUCACGCCGAGGUUCGACGAGUUUCGCCGCGCUUACUUUAUCGAGUACUUUCGCACAUCGUUGAAACCAUCUCCGAAGAAUUAGCUCGUUUAAUGUCUUGCGCUAAUAAACGGUUUAGUGCACAGGGUAUUAUACAAGCCAGGACUGAUAUGUUACUGUUGCAGAAAGCGUUAGAGCGCUAUUGUACAAAAGCCGCAAAGAAUUUUUUUGAGGACGCUUUACAAUCGAUACCACCGCCAGCCAGCAAAAAAGAUUUGGAGAGGAUCGACAUACUCUUAACGCAAGUAUCAAUGCUUAUGAGACUACAGUUAUCAUGUCUAACGGAGAAUUUAGAUUCGAAGAAAACGGGCUCUAAUGAAUUAACAACUGUAUAGUUUACGAAUUUUAUUUAAUUUUUUUCUGCAAUAAUUUUGCUUUUGCAAGAUUAGUCGGAGAAAGGCAAUAUAUUCUAGUUAUCAUGAAUUUAUACAUACGGAAAACGACGUUGUUUUAUACUAUCGCGGAAAAUGAAAUUAACCGGGUUUACACCUACAUGAGGUUUCGCUGAAACGUUUAUUUGUUUCAUCUCUUUAAAAAAAAAAUAUAUAUAUAUAUAUUUAUUGUAUUAUAAUAAAAAUUUUACUUUUUA